UGAAUUAAUGGAUCUACACGGCGAUUUUUCAUUGGUUGGGUACUAUGUACAAAAUACUAUAUAAAGGUGUUUUUUCUUUUUCAAAUUGUCUGCCUACCUGAUCUGAUAAAUUGCCGCCAUGCUGAAAGUCGCUGUUCUGAUUGUUGGUUUCGCCUUGGCUGUGGCCAUUCCGAAUAACGACUACUACCCCAAGGGAGACUACUACCCCAAGGGAGACUACUACCCAAAGAAUUAUGGAUACAAUGGAGGCUUUGGAAACUUCUUCCGUAACCGCUUCCAGUCUUUCCCAGGACGUCAAUACCACCAAGGUUAUUAUCCAUUUGGCAAUUCUCUCGGACUCGGCGGCUUUCCAUAUAAUCAAGGACGUCAAUACAGCUAUUUUCCACGUGGUCAAUAUAACUACGGUUAUUAUCCAUUUGGUCAACAGCAAUCCGGAUAUUUUCAAUAUGGUCGAAACCCCUACGGAUUCCCAGGCAGCAACUUUAUGAAUAAUGGAUACCUUAGAGGCUUCAACAACAAUCAAUAUCUUUUUGGAGGUAACUAUAAUUACAUGUAUUAUCAAGGUAACUAUAAUUAUUAUCCAGGUAAACUACGUCAGAGGCAAACGUUUUGUCUCAGGGUUUCCUUUAUGGUAAUUAUAUAUUUUACGUUUUCCUUUUUCGUCACUAGCUAUUUUGUUUCCAUUUUCGUGUCAAUGGCAGACUAAACUAGAACCUCAAAU